UCCAUCACUCCUUUAGGUACAUACAUAUAGAAGCAUUGGAUGAAGAUGAAGCAGAAAGUCUUCUUGGUGGUGUCUCUUGGGUUUCUUCAAUUGAUCUCAUCUGUCAUUAGCUGUUCAUUGGAUCGCACCCAAUUCCCUCCCUCUUUUCUUUUUGGAACUGCAACAUCUUCUUAUCAGAUAGAGGGUGCUUACUUAGCAGGUAACAAAAGUCUUAGCAACUGGGAUGUAUUCACUCACUUACCAGGAAAAAUAAGGGAUGGAAGCACUGGAGAUGUUGCAGAUGAUCACUACCAUCGAUACAUGAUAGAGGGUGCUUACUUAACAGGUAACAAAAGUCUUAGUAACUGGGAUGUAUUCACUCGCUUACCAGGAAAAAUAAUGGAUGGAAGUACUGGAGAUGUUGCAGAUGAUCACUACCAUCGAUACAUGGAAGAUCUGGAGUUGAUGCAUUCUUUAGGAGUAAAUUCUUAUAGAUUCUCCAUUUCAUGGUCCAGAGUCCUCCCAAGAGGUAGAUUUGGAGAAGUUAAUUCCAUUGGAAUUGAAUUUUACAACAAGCUUAUAGAUGCACUCUUGCUCAAAGGAAUACAACCAUUUGUUACACUAAACCAUUAUGAUAUUCCUCAAGAACUUGAAGAUCGAUAUGGGUCAUGGUUGAAUUCACAAAUACAGGAAGAUUAUGGAUAUUUCGCAGAAGUGUGUUUCAAAGCUUUUGGUGAUAGAGUGAAGUACUGGAGCACAUUCAAUGAGCCAAAUGUUAUGGUGAAAACAGGUUACCUUAGUGGAACUUACCCACCCAACCACUGUUCUAGUCCAGAGGGAGGUUGUCGAUCUGGGGACUCAGCUAUUGAGCCAUACCUUGCUACACACAAUGCAAUAUUAUCGCAUGCUACUGCAGCUACCAUCUAUAGGAAAAGCUAUCAGGUUAAUCAAAGUGGUAUGAUUGGAAUGGUAAUGAGCUCAGCAUGGUAUGUACCAUUCAGAAAUAUUCCAACUGAUCGUUCAGCUGCUCAACGGGCUCUUGCUUUUGACAAUCCGUGGUUCUUGGAUCCGAUAGUCUAUGGUGAUUACCCGCCCGAAAUGCGUCAAAUAUUGGGUUCAAGGUUGCCAACCUUUUCAUUAGAUGAUAAAGAAAAAUUAAAAAGCAAAUUGGAUUUCAUCGGAAUUAACCAUUAUUCAACUCUCUAUGCACGAGACUGCAUGUUUUCUCAAUGCAACUUUAGUACUUCUCAAGGGGAAACUUUUGUGCAAACCACAGGGGAAAGAGAUGGCAUUCCUAUUGGAGAUCCGACAGCAAUGCCAGACAAUUAUGUGGUUCCUUACGGCAUGGAGAAGAUUAUUAUGUACAUCAAAGAAAGAUAUAACAACACGCCAAUGUUCAUCACAGAAAAUGGAUAUUCACAGGCAAGCAAUGAAGAUGUUCCUGUGAAGGAUUUCCUCAAUGACACAGCAAGGAUAGAGUACCUAACUUGCUACCUGGCUUCUAUUACUAUAGCCAUGAGGCAGCAUGCUGAUGUGAGAGGUUAUUUCAUAUGGUCUCUUCUAGACAAUUUUGAAUGGUUAUAUGGAUAUACUAUGCGGUUUGGGCUUCACCAUGUGGAUUUUAAUACAUUAAAGAGAACGCCAAAACUUUCUGCAUUUUGGUACAAGCAAUUUCUUGAUGGAGUGAAGAUAUUAAAACAAAAAGCAAGUCAAUGAAGACCAUGGCAUCUACCUUCGUAGCCACGAGCAUGUGCUAUUCAACUAUUUUAAUUAUUUGUAUGAUAUAUUGUUC